AUGAUCAAGAAGAAGUUGUUGAAGCUGGAGAAGGCGAAUGAAAUCUCAACGCCCCUUGGCUACUUGUUGCUCACUUGGCGACGAUGCUUGGCGAUCACGGUGGUUCAGAUUGACUUGCAGCCGGUGCCGGGGUUUCUCCGGCUGCUCCCGACGCUAGCAGUGACCAUGGGAGGCGAGAUUGUGGAAAUGGCUCGAGCACUGAGUGGACAGUCGGAACAAGACCAGGGCUUCCCCAUCGUCUGGACCAAGGCUUCUGUUACACUACACAACAGUCAUGUUUAUGCCCACAGUCAGGCGCUGUGCGCCUGGCUUCUGGAAGAAAACAAGUCAGGAACUGGGCAGAGCAACAAAAUUUGGUACGCGGUCCCAUGUGGCCCAUUGAGGGAUGUGCACGCCUUGCCUGAGCGCCGAGAUGUGCUGGAUGGCGGUGCUCUCAAUCUCGAAGGCCUGCAUUUGCCUCUUGCCCCGUAUCCUAUCUUCGACUUUGCAGAUCCGGAAACCAUUACUACCCUGAAGACGAUGACCGACCAGUCAGUUGGCGGCUUCUCGACGGCACAACUCACACAAAAACCUCGUGAUGUAUCGAUAGACCCUCCUACCCCUGCGCACGUCCUCUUUCAUGGAAACAUCUCCACAAAACUUCCCACAGAUCGACCAGACAUCCAAAGAACAGGAUAUGCAGCAUGGAGAAAUGAGGAUCGAGGGCGAACACUGUUUGGAGAGUUGUUUUGGAACGUCGAUUCCUACAUGUACCUAGCGUUGCGGGUAAAGAGUGACGGCCGGAAAUACUUUGUCAAUAUACAGACGGACUCGAUCGUCGAGUCGGACAUCCAUCAGCAUCGAUUGUACACUAAGUACCACAAGGGUGCAGAAGGACCUGAUGACCCUGGUCAAUGGGAGACCGUUUGGAUCAAACUCCACGAGUUUGUGCGCACGAAUCAUGGGAUUGUCACAGAACCACAGUCAGAGAUGUUGCGACAAAAGGUAAAGAGCUUCGGCAUCGGAUUGAUUGACCGGCAGCCAGGGCCGUUUGAACUUGGAAUUGCUGCAAUGUGGGCUACGAACCUCAACGAGAGGGGCCAAGUCGACGGCCGAACCGGUUGGGAAGAGGGCGACCAGGGGAGCGCGAGAUUAAGCGAGGUGACACUAGAAAAGCUGGCGCAAAAGGCAGAAGAGAAGAAGAACAUACCAGAGCAGAAGAAAAGCUUCCGCGAAAGAGUGCCACAUUUUGGGAAAGUUGGCUCGGGAGACACGAAGGCGUUCAGGUGA